AUGGUCCUGCUCUGUUUUGGAGAAGAAGCAGUAGAAGAGGUCAUCAAACCCCAGGAAACCCAGCUGCUCGGAGGAUGGUUCAAGAUAAGUCCAGACUCUUCAGAGGUGCAGGAGGCCGCACUGUACGCUGUCAAAAUGUACAACUCUCAUUCCAAAGGAAAAAGGCUUUUCAGACUGGAGUCUAUCAGAACUGCUCACAGCCAGGUGACUAACAUGAUAAACUUCAAGAUUGACGCAGUCUUGGGAAAAACAAAAUGUCUCAAAGUGGAAAACCACGACUUGGAGAACUGCGAGCUGGAGAAAAAGAUGAAGACGGAGCAGACGUUGCUGCUCUCCGUGCUGCUGAGUCAGCUGUGUUGGUCAGUGUCUCUGGACCUUCAAUACCACUUUAUAGAUAAGAAGAUGUCGUGGUCUGAGGCUCAGAGUCACUGCAGAGAGUUCUACACAGACCUGACCUCAGUGAACGACGAGAAGGACCUGAAGAACCUGAAGGCUGCUUCAAACGGACGCACGGACGCCUGGAUCGGACACCUGGAUUCUGACUGUGGGCUGAGACCAGUGCCAUUUCCUGUCUGUGAGGUUGUCACUGGUCUCAGCCCACAGUCAGAUACAAGGAAGGGGACACUGCAUGGCAAUCAGGGCAACCUGAUGAUUCUACAGGACCUCAGAACAUUGGGGCGAUGA